AACGAGUGCUAUUUCCUUGUGACCAUAUAUUUCUUCGGACAGCGACGCAGCUGACACGAUGCAUCCUCAAUCAUGUUUACCUCACUGUCCGCCACCGCUGGGCUCCUCUCCGUCCUCCUCCUCUUCAUCGCCUCCGUCUCCGCCACCGACCACAUCGUCGGCGCCAACAAAGGCUGGAAUCCCGGCGUCAACUACACACUCUGGGCUAACAACCACACCUUCGUCGUCAACGACUUCAUCUCGUUUAGGUACCAGAAGACGCAGUACAAUGUGUUUGAAGUGAACCAGACCGGAUACGACAACUGCACCACGGAAGGCGCCAUUGGGAACUGGAGCAGUGGAAAAGACUUUAUUCUCCUUGACAAGGCUAAGAGGUAUUACUUCAUAUGUGGCAAUGGUCCAUGCUUUAACGGCAUGAAGGUGUCGGUUCUUGUCCACCCUCUUGCCCUUGCCCCGCCGCCCCUCCACUCAAACCACUCCGACACCAACAAGUCUAACGCCUCCCUCUCCCUGAAGGGGCCUUCUCUUUCGGCAGCGUUUGUCGUUGGAGUUGUGAUGAUGGGUUUUUUGGGAUCAUUCCUUCUGUAGGGUUUUGCUUUGUUAUCACUCCAGUUUUCAAACUAAUCCAAAGUAUAAUUCCUUCUGUAGGGUUUUGCUUUGUUUAUCAUUUCCUGAUUCAAUAUAGGUGGCUAAAUUGU